UAGUUUUCAUUUGGCAUUUGUGUCGAUAAAGCUUCAGAACAUAUAGCCAUAACUGGUUUCUUUCAACUUAUGUUACAAGAAAACUAAAGAAAUGGUGAUGGGUCGAGUUUUCCAAGGAAGCAAAUGGCUGAAAAUAGGGAUCAUGGGCAUGAUCAUGCUGGCUAGAGUAACAUCCGAGCAUGAAAUGGGGACACCAUCAGACGGGUCACUAUGCAUCAGCGAAUGCACAACAUGUCCAGUCAUUUGUUCACCGCCACCUCCGUCGCAGCUGAAGUCGUUUUCACCACCGUCACCAUCAGUUCACGACUCACCACCUGAACCUGAUUACAUCCCACCACAAUUACCUGAUUCUCAAUGCUCACCACCACCAUUAGAAUCGGUAUCACUUCCAUCUCCAUCUCCACCUCCACCACGGCCACCCUCACCCCCACCCCCGCCACCACCAGCACCUUCAUCGUAUUCCUCAAAGGCCAGUCCACCACCACCUCGUUUUGAGUACUUCUACAACGCACCUAAUGGUCAAGGGCCACCUGCAAUAGUAGGACCAAUCCAGUAUCCCUAUCCUUACUACUAUGUAUCAAAGGCUUCCCCUCUUUCUUUUCAGGCACCCUUGUCACUUUUAAUGCUGUUUUGUUUCACUGUUGUGUUAUUGCGUUGUUGAAGGGUUGACCUUUAUAUGUACUUAAGGGGAGUAAUGGUAUCUCACAGGUAAAUGUAGAGAAAUCAAGAAGCCAUUUGGCCUGUUCAUUUUUUAUGUUCGUUUAUCAUUCUAUUUCUGGGGAUGUUUAGACAUAAAUUAAUUAUAAUAUAUCAGGUUUUUGUUAUUCCUCA